ACAGCUGAAGGGGGACGAAGAAGACGGAGUUGCACCGAGAGCCAACAUGGUGGAGCUAGUGUCUAUUCACUCGUUUUUAAUUAAACGCAUGAUGGCAGCCGCCGAUGAAAUAUUCGACGCUGUCAAAGACAAUAUUAUUGAAUAUCAGAAGGAAAUAGAACGACUAAAACAGGAAAACAGUCGUCUGAAGAACACACUGCGUUUCACAAUAAAACCCCGCCGCGCGGAAGCGAGCAACGGUCGCACAAACGCUCAAGGCACCGGUUCAGUCGGACUACAGCAAGAUGUACUGACGUCAGAGCUCUCAGAAAUCAAUGUGCAGAUGGAAGUGGCAACAGUGAUGUCCCUUGAGCCUACGAGUCAUGCAUCCACCAAUACAUCUGCUCUGUCUGAAGUUACCAAAGAGCAGGUACUCGCUCGGUGCCUCACACAUCCGCCAGAGUUGCUGGUAAAGAAUGAAGGCAAUGUUCGUUUGGAUGAACAAUCAUCAGUCACAGAUGGCUCAACUCAGUUUGACAAUCAGGCCGGUCGUUUAAGCUCACCUGACGUGCAACAUGGCAAUAUCAGUGACGGUCACAUUGAGUCUCCAGGACCGGAACAAGAGCCAAUUUCUCAUCAACCCUGCCAAAAAAAAUCUAAAGGGGAGCCUCCGAAGGCACUCCAGAAUCACCCGGUGAUUUGCAGCGUUUGCAGCAAGUCGUUCGGCAACAAGAAAUGCUUGCGGAUGCACAAGGUCGUGCACCAGAGCGAGAGACCUUUCGGCUGUGAUUCCUGCGGGUGGAGCUUUAAAUUGAAAUCUCACCUGACAGAACACAAAAGACUUCAUACGGGGGAUUAUCGCUAUAAAUGCCCAAAGUGUGAAAAGGGGUUUUCUCGGUCAAAUCUGGUCAAAAUGCACCUUAAAAGUGUUCAUUCAUCAUGAUGAGUGAUAAUAAUAUCUGUUAACCAUAACCAUGUGUGACAAGAAAUAAGAUGCAUCUCUUCAGUGUUAGUUUGAGUUUCUUUCUCUUUGUUUCUGACAAGAAGCACUUUUGUUUGUCAUUCGGUUUGUGUUAAUGUUUUGGUUCCCUCCAUGCAUGUCCAAAAUUAUCCUGUGCCCGGUUGCAUAAAACUCCUUAAGUAAGUGAUCCUUGAGCUAAGGGAUUUCUUUGAAAGAUUACCUUCUUCCUUAAGUUUUUAAGGAAAAUUAAAUUGGUACUAAGGACUUUGUAGCAACGCAUAGCAGAACUUAAAGGAACAGUAUGUAGGAUUGUGGCCAAAACUGGUAUUGCAAUCACAAAACUUGUGGCUAAAACUUGUACUGCAGUAAAACAACUGGUGGCCAAUACACAAAAUGACAACAAAAACAUCAGUUGAGGGCUGCAACUCCACUUUUUAAAUGACAAUAUCCUGGCCAGAUCACUGUUGUCAGUGAUAUAAGUAUUUAAAAUGAAAAUGAUUUCUUAAUGUCUAGUGACAUAUCAGGACCAUUUUAUGAUUAAUCGAUAUAAAUUUCUUACAUACUGUUCCUUUAAGGUAAUACUUUUAAGGGUAAAUACUUAUUGACAGCCUUAUAGUUCCCGAAGUAAACACUUAAGGAUUGUUCUUGCACCCCAUUUUUUAUUUAGGGCACCUUUAACCUUAUAUUUAGAGGGAUUUCUUAUCUUAAGGACUUUCAUGCAACCAGACACUGCCCUUUAAAAUAUGGAUGUGGUUUAAUUGAGGAGUUUUAUAAAUGUGUAUAUGACAAUCACUCACGUUUUACAAGUAACACCAUGAAAAGCAUGCCGUCUGGGGAAGAAUCUUGGAAUUACAGGGAUUUGCUGUUAUGUUUUGCCCUGCUUUUACAUUUAGUGACUUAUUACAGACUUUGCAGUUGCUCGUCUGGUUAGGACACCAUGUUAGUCAUAAAACUAUUUUAUGAUUGUUUGUAAGGUCUCCUUGUGUUGUUUUGAAAGGCACAUAAAUACAAUGCUUUGUUAUUACAUGUUUUACAUUUUAUCUAAAGUGAUUUACAAAGUGAAGUAAACAAUGAAGCGAUUGCUAUUAUCAUUAUUGCUUUAAAAAAGCAUCAAUAAUUACUUGGACAAAAUAAUAUUUUAAUAUGUGUAAAUAAAAUCUUUAAAUGUACCAU